AUUUUCUCAGUAUCCGACCGUCUCUCUCUCUCUCUCUCGCUCUUUCGCUUCAGAAUGCAGCAAAGCCUCACACUUAUAAAAUCUCUCUCUCAUCUCUGAUCUCCGAUCAUCAUCAUCAUCAUGGUUGCUGCAAUCUCUACAACCCCUCGAAUCUCCAAAACCCCUUCUUCUUCUUCUUCUUCUUCUUCAACCCCUCAUCGCCCUCCUCUUUCCCCUUCACAUAAAACAUCCACAACCAACAACAAUAACAACAACAAGAACAACAAUGCCGACGAAAUCCCAAGAAAACCCAUCAACAGAAACAUCCCCUCUCGCUAUCUCCACUCUCCUUCUCCUCCUCCUUCUCCUUCCUCCUCUCCUUCCUCCUCCUCUUCAGCUCAAAGCCCAAGACCCAUGUCCUCAAAUUCCUCAGUGACCUCAACAACCACCACUAGAAGCCUCUCUGUCUCUUUCCAAGGUCAUUCCUUCUCUUUUCAGACUACCAAGCCUAAACCCAUAUCCCAAAACCCACCCAAAAAGCCAAAGAACCCUUCAAACUCUCUCGCAUCCAAAACCCGCAACCCGAAUUCGCUUACGAGGAGCCUGGACUGCUCUAUUGAGAAGAAAGGCUCCAUCUUGUUGGUGUUUGAGGACAAGGAUCUUUACUUAGCUCCUGAUUCCAAUAGUAGCAAUUCAGUCAAGAGUCGAGCUCCGACGAGGGGAAUUAGCGUUCCGGCGAGGUUUUGGCCGGAGAAUUUUAGUCCGGCCAUGAACUCUAGAGGUUCUUCUUCUUCGAUGAAGAGAUUGGAUAGUGCUAGUUUGCAGGGGCAACAGGGAAAUGUGCAAUAUUCGAUUUUGAGCUUUGGGGUUGCAGAAGCUAGGAGAGUGAAGAAAGGGGAGAGUAGGAUUGAAGAAGCUCAUUCGUUGAGGAUGUUGUAUAAUAGAUACUUGCAAUGGAGAUGUGUGAAUGCACAAGCUGAUGCUGCUAUUUUGGUACAGAGAGUGAAUACAGAGAAAAAUUUGUUUGAUGCAUGGUUAACUACUUCACAAUUGCGUGAUUCAGUCACAACUAAACAGACCAAGUUGCAACUUCUGCUACAAAAGUUAAAGCUUGAUUCCAUUCUUAAGGAACAAAUGAUCUAUUUGGAAGAAUGGUCUCUAAUGGACAAGGAGCACUGUAAUUAUUUAUCAGGUCUUAUUGAAGCACUGAAGGCUAGCACAUUCCGUCUUCCAGUUGUUAGCGGAGCAAGGGUAGAUUUCCAGGAGCUCCAGAAUGCUGUCAAUUCAGCUGUUGAUGUGAUACAGGCAAUGGGUAACUCAAUAUGCUCUUUACUACCAAAGGUGGAAGGGACGAGCUCUUUGGUAUCUGAACUUGCCAAAGCUGCCGCACAUGAGCAAGCAUUAUUAAACCAGUCCAAAGAUUUAUUAUCGACAGUAGCAGCGAUGCACGUAAAGCAAUGUAGCCUUCAAGGACAUAUUCUUCAAUUAAACCGUAACAUGAACCGAUGAAGUUAUAGAAGAUAAUACUUGGUAUUAUGAUCAUCAACUGACUCCACAGAAUCUGUUCUUCUAACAUGAGGUUUACUUCAGAGGUAAUAAUAUUGUGUGUUUGCAUAAAAGAAAGGAUUAAUGUAUAUAUUUGAUUUACAUUUUUUUCCGAUUUUUGUUUUCGGGGUAUGUAGAAGAAAAAUAAUCUUAGUGUUUGUGUAUAUUUGAGGAAAGGGGUAUUGUUUGUAUUA